AUGAACGGUAAUUGCAGUACCACUACACAAGAACCUUUUAUUCAUUUAAAAGAUGGAUUUUAAAAAUUGAAGACUGGCCUAUACAAUAAUUCAUACCUGACUCUUUCAUUAAGUUCUCUACUCAUUGCAGUCUCAUAAAUACCAAGCCGAGCAGAUUUAUGCUACUUGGAUUGGAUUUUUGCAUUAUCGAUAAGUUUGUUCUAAAUUUUUACUGUUUGUAAACUAAAAGACUUUCUAUUUAAGGAAGAGUAUUUGCCAUUUUUUAGAGAUUUUCUACUUACAUCACUCUUAAUGAUGAUGAACCAUAUAUACUAAAUCUAUGAUUCAAGUCAUAAAAUUGCACUAAGCAUGAUGAUCAUUGGUCUGAUUCCCUCAAACAUCGAAAAUGACCUUAAUUAGUAAUGCAAUUAAAAAAAUUCAAGCAGUGAGGAGCUAUAUUACUUCAAAGAAGAAAUGCCAACUUUGAGACAAUCAGAAUUGCAAAGAAAUAUCAAAAUCCUAUUCUUAAUUUAUUUUAACAAGGAAUCAUUGACUAUAUGCCUGAUUGCAAUUUUCUACUUGUUAAAUAUGGAAUAUAGACUUCUUCAUGAUUAAUAGAUAAUAAGGGAACUAAAUUAAAAUUUAAUAAGUUCUAAGAUAUCCUUGAAUUAAGAAGUUUAAAAAUGGCGAGGACUCAUAGAAAAAUUUCCUUAAGGCCUAAUUAUAAUCAACAAAUCAUAGUGCUUAUACUCUAAUUAAAUGUUGAGUAAGUAAUUGCACGCCUAUUCAGAAAAUGAGGCAGUGGGUAAGGUUCUUUAGUGGUGCGUCAAAGGGGAGCCUUAUGAAAAAAAAGUUUAAGUAAACUAGAAAUACAGCUUGAAUGUUAUUAGAAACAAUGACUUUACUCCUAGAGUUUCUCAUGAUUACAGAAGAAGCUUGAAUAAAAUUGAAUAGAAUGAAAAUUCUAAACAACUCUUUAGCUCAAAAUUUUCCAACUUUAAUUUUGUAAAUGAGUUUAAGAAGGAAAGCAAACCUACCCUGAGAAAUGAAAAUUCUCCAGAAAAUGAGAAAAGUGGCGAUAAUUUCUUUGAUAACAGUAAUCAAUUUAACAAUAUUGACAUCAUGUCCAAUGAGCUUAAUAUCGACUACUCAAAAGCUUUUAUUCAGCUGUAGUAAGCUUUUAGUCGCAACAAUCAACCAAUUUAUUUUUCAAAAUCAGCAAUGAAAGUGCCAACAAGUAGAAAUAACUCGUGUCUAGAUUUGACUCCACUUAAUAGAAAAACAAAUGAUAUAAACUCUUUAUUUAAGCCUAGCAAUCAUGAUUAUCCAAGACAAUCCCUUUUAAACGAAAGUUUUUCUGCAAAUUACAGUAAUAUUGCAGCAGAGAAUCAACUAGAGAAAAAAGAAUUUGAAAUAUAAACUUCGCUUGUACAAUGGGGGGAAGAGGACACCAUAUUAUUAGUCAUCAAGGACAUAACAGAUACAUAAAAUUUUAGAAAGAUAAAAUUGCAAAAUAAAUACAAAUCAAAGGCACUCUGCACUUUGUCUCAUGAGUUGAGAACUCCAGAUUAUUCCCUAAUAGAACAGAAUAGAUUGUUCAUUGAGGUUUGCUAUUUCAAUGUAAGAGACAUAAUCAUUGAAGUUACAGAGGCUUUCGAAUAUUAAGCUAGACUCAAACAGUUGAACUUUCAGAUAUAUUUUGAUUAGAAGCUUCCUUAAACAAUCAAUUCAGACCCGAAUAGGAUUAAGCAAAUUAUGUUCAAUUUGAUUUAAAAUGCCAUCAAGUUUACAUCUAAGGGAUUCAUCAAGAUCUACAUAUAUCUUGAAAUGGUCAAAAAAAGAGGAAAAGUGAAGAAUUUUGUUAACUUUGAAGUUGAAGAUACUGGCAUUGGAAUUAGAUAGCCAGAAAUCCCAUAUUUAUAUGAACUUUUUGGAAUUAAUAAGAUUAACAAAGAGAAGAAGAAUGUGGGCUUGGGUCUAUCAAUCUCUUAUCAACUUAGCAAGAAAUUAGGAAGAGCCUUAAAUGUUGAAUCUAAAUAUGGAUCAGGCACAAUAAUGGGUUUUAAGGUGAAGAAUAAGUGUGAAGAAUAUGCUAAUGAAGGCUCUCUGAUUUAAGAUGAAAUAAUGUCAUAGGUAGAAGAGGAGAAAAGUUUUGAUGUUGAGAGCCCUGCUAAAUUAAAUCUCUUUAUACUCCCAGAUUCUUAACGAGGAAGCAGAAGAACAUCAAAUUUACUUAAUAGAGAAAAGACGAUGAAUUCUAGACAUAUAAGGAAAAUUAAUUCUGAGUGUGUUAUUGAAUACGACUGCAUCCUAUUUGAAUCAAUAAGGAACGAUAAGAUACAAGAAAAGCAAUUGUUUGAAAACUAAAGGAAAAUUAAAGUCGUACUGAGGUAUUAAACAAAUCAAAAUCAAGAUUUAAGCAAGCUAAUUCGGGAAAAACAAUUAAAUAUGGAACAAUUAUAAAAACGUGGAGAGACUUAGCAAUAAUAGCUGAUAACAACAGCAAAGGAAAAUUAGGAAAUGCCAAACAGCAAUCGAUAUACUAGGGGAAUAAAGAAUAACAACACAAUUAAAAACUAAAAUUUAAGUUACAAUUUAACUGGGACAGAAUUCACAUUAAACAAGCUUACCAAGUAGAAUACAAAUUAAAAUGAAAAAGGAGGGUAAGCCUGGAGGUAGAGCAGUUUCAUUGUCAGAAGUCCAAAAAAAGGUAAUAAUAAAUCAGGAUCAAUAGAAAUAAGUAAAGACAAUGAGGAUUCUAAUAAUAUUGAUGAUUAGGAUCAACUUUCAAAACAACUCAAGAAUUAAAGAAGCAGGACCUUAAUAUCAAAUUAAAUGGAAAAGUCAAACUUGGCAUUCCUAAACCCAUAAAAUAUUAAUAUAUCAAAGAAGAGAACAUUCAAUGCAAAAGCUAAAUAAUUGAGAAAUAUUUCUGAUCAGCAAAAUUUAAAUCUUACUUCCUAUUAACACUCUUCUGAUUUUCAAUCCUCUAUGAUAAGAGUCAAUUCCCCUAUAGAAAACAAGAAAAGCAGUACUAAAAACGUAACGUUCUCCAAGUAUGAUAUGAAAAGCAUCAGAGAGGAUAUAAUCAACCAUAAAGGAAUUUCUACGUCGAAUUAAAUAGAUAGGACUCAAAUAAUUGCUCUUAGAUAAAAGCUUCAAUCGUAACAAAGCAAUAAUUUAUUCCUUAGUAUCAAGAAUAGAAGCCCAAGACAAUCUAAUGAGGAAAACAAAGAACAACACAGGGAAUAUAAGUAGAUGUUUUCAUUUCAUAAAAACAACAUGAACACUACUAAUUGCAAUCCUCAAUAGUAACGUGAAUUGUUUAACUAAUAUAUUGAGCAUGGAAUUAUUCAGCAGAAUAAUAUAGUAAUUAGUGGAAGCAGUAGUAAUAAUAACAACAUGAAUAGUUUAUAUAUGAACAAUAAUGUCAGAGAUUCUUUUAAUCCUAUUGAAAGAGAAUUUAACUAACGUAAUUCUUAGGUUUAUUAAUCAUUAAUUAAGCAUCAAAAUCAGAAAUUGAUUUAGAUCUAAGAUUAAUCUGACUAAAAAUAAAAUCUAGAAUUUUACAAUUAACCUUAGAUGGCUUUAGUAAAUACAGACACUGAUUUGAAUAUUACUGAAUUUAAUGAUGAUGAAAAAAAUGCAAAAUUCACCAAUUUUGAACUCAUUAAUAAGGCAUCAAUCGAUGAUGCUUCUCAGAGUUUCAUUAAACGACAAAAUAAUAAUAUGGCCAAGUUAGAUGGACUAUUUAUGCAGAGUGAUUCAAUUGAUCAUCAACCUUAGAAUAAUCAACGAUUUAUACCACCAAUUCUUAUUUUACCUGCAAAUGAUAGUGAUUCUGGAGAGUAAGUUAAUAUGAACCCUGACUCUAUCCUUUAAGAGAGUUCAGAAUUAAUAAAUAUGGGCAAUGAUUUAAGAUUAUAACCAGAAAUACAUAUCGAUCAAGUUUAUCCAUAACAGCCAAUUACAUAAUCAGGAGUAAAUUUCCCACAGGGAUUUUAUGAGUAAUUACUGCUAGAAUAGUAGCUGAGAAAUAACUUAAAAAAUCAUAGCUCCUCGAAUUCUUAAUAAAAUAACAUUCUAACCAAUAUUUCUCCAUAGUUUGGAGGAAAACCUUUCAACUUUAUACCAGUAGAUCAUUAUAGCUAUGGUUUUAAUCCUUAAAUUGGCCAGAUUAAUACUCAAUAACAAAUAUUCACUAAUAUGACACUUAAGAACUUGAACUUUAAGAGAGGAAAUACCUAGAUUAACUACCAAACUGAUAGAUACGGAUUAAGAGAUUUUCAAUCUGUUGAAGAUUCCCCAACCAAUAAUAAAAUUAAUAUGUGCAUUGCGAUAGAAGAAAAUUCAAAGUUAAACAGUGAUAACUACGUUGAUAAAGAUUAGGGUUUCACUGUGGAAGAACUUGAAAUUUUACAAAAGCAAUAGCUGAAAGAGGAGAUAACUACUUUUGCUCUCAGAAUAAGAGAAAUGAGAAAGGAAUGCCAAUGUCCAAGCAUUUUAAUAGUAGAGGAUGAUGAAUUUAUCAAGGUUAUGACAAAAUACACAUUAAUGUAAGUAAAAUUUGAGCUUCACGAUGUCGGGAACGGUCAGCUUGCUGUUGAAGCUGUAGAAGAGUAAAAUUCUAAAUGUAAUAAGUGUCAAGGAUACCUAAUAAUACUUAUGGAUUAUGAUAUGCCAGUAAUGAACGGUGUUGAGGUAUUUUAGCCAUUGAUUUCAUAAUUAAUAUAGGCAACACUAAAGAUUAAAAAACUUCAAUAAGAAGGAAAGAUAGAAGAUAUUCCAAUCGUAGCUGUAAGUGCGUUUGUAGCAAGCUAGGAAAUUGAAAGAUGCUUAAACAGUGGAAUGUGCGAUUAUAGUAAUUAAAUUCAAUUUCAUUUAUUUUAGUAACCAAGCCAUUUAAUCCACAGAGGUUAUUCAAUGUGCUUCUUAAAUGGAUGA